AUGGCUCGAGAAGAUUUAGACCUCGGUGCUCUAAACCAUGCUCUGAGCUCUGCUCAAAUUUCGAAAGACAAAGAACCGGCUGCUCCCAGCUACUACAGCAACGAAGACGAUGCUGGUGGCCUGCAGAUCACGUGCUUCACUGAAGUCGUCAACGAUACUACUUUCCACUUCCAAAUCAUGCGCCUUCCCAAGCAGAUAUAUGCAUGGAUUGGCUGCAACUCUGCAAAAUUGGGACAUUUGUAUGCAGCAGCACCCAUGAGACCUAACAGUACAGUGGGUGUUACAUCCAUACUUGGUGGGGCUUCUGAUAAUACAGGGUCGAGCAUUGCUCGAAGAUUAGUUUUAAAGACGGGACUGAAUAUAAUUCUGGCUUGCAACAUUCCUAAGAAUAGCCCCAUGAUUGAGGCAGAUGCUGAAAAGUUGUUGGUUCAGAAGCUAAUCAGUCUUGGGUACACAAGGCCAAAGGCAGAAGGAUUGUCUUCAUAG